AUGUUUUUGCGUCGAAACUUCUGUAUAUCGUGCUAUGAAUUAACCUAUUUAGAAUAUGAUACGCUUGAUCCCUUAUCAUUUCCUUCAACAAUUUCAACAGCCUUAACAAAUCUACGAUAUCUAACACUCUCUGAUUUAUUCUUCAAUGAUUUUUUAUGUCUAUUUUCAAUAUUACAACAUGUUAUCACAAUAAAAAUUGUAGGAUUGUAUUGUAACAAUACUGAUGUAGAACAACUGUCCGAGAAACUACCCGAAUGUACUAAUCUCUAUAUCUAUAUGGGUGCAUCCGAUGAUGGAGCAACAUUUAAACAUAUGGCAACAAAUAUUAAUUCCAUUGCAGAAUUUGAAUUAGACGUUCAUUUUGCUCCGUAUAUCAAUUUUUUUACUCAACAAAUGUCAAAUGUUGAACAUCAAUUUAAAACAUUAUUUUGGAUGGAACGACAAACGAAAUUGAAAACAGAAGCAAAUGGUGAAGGUUUUAAUUUAAAUGUUAAAUUUUGA